AUGAGUCCUUCGGUAUUGGGUUCCAUUUGUGUAUAUAAAUACAUCAGUUGUUUAAUCAAACAACAACAAGUAGCAUAUGAUUUAAGAGAGAGAAAGAGAAUGACAUCAGUUUAUAAAAUUACAGCAUUGGAUGAAAGAGGUCAAUAUAAUAGAUGUUUUACACUUAAAUACCCAUCGAUUCAACUUACACAUGUAUUGACCAAUGACGAGUAUUUAUACAUCGUCAAAAAGUAUAACUUUUGGUUGUCUUUCCACAUUGCUCAGCCUGUUGGGUUUGUGUUGGGUUUUGGUAUAUUCGGUAUCAUUGUCUAUUACUCUUGGCCAACCUUUUAUUUUUAUCUUACUCUAUCUGUUGAAAUCAUUGGAAUGAUUCUAGUUGCUUUAUUUUAUAUUAAAAGAUAUUUAAUUGUACGAUUAAAAUCCAAUUUAGAUUUUGUAACCAAAAAAUUAAAUGAAAGAUAUGCACCCAAUAGAGUAUCAUUUACAGUAGACUAUGAUUUUGAUUUGGAUAGAUAUAUUCUUUCCAUUCAUUAUCCUACAGCUCCUUAUUCCGACAAGAACAAUAAUAAUAAUCAAGAUUAUACAGCCAUUGAAAUUUCAAAACAGAAUCCUUGGAGUAUGGCAAUCGAUAAUUAA